GCUUUCACACUUUCGACGCGUCGGUUGGCAGACAAGUUUUUGCGCGCCCUUUUUUUGUACUUUUAAGCUCGCCACGCAUAAACAACGAUAAUAAAUGAAUUCAAAUCAAAUAUAUAUCAUUUACAUGUGAAACUAAUCGAAUGUGGCUAGCUAAAAACCGAAAAGAACUUUGCAUUUAUCAAACAAAUACAAAAUCCUAGACUAUAACGGGACACUGCCAAAAAAGAAAAAAAAAAACACGAGAAGAGAAUUCAAAUAAGUUUUUAGGACAGCAACCAAAAUCAAGAAGAGCCAUAUCGAAACAAUCAAAAACGAAUAGAUCGAAUCAAAAAUGAACUCGAAACACAGUUCGCUGGAGGAGAAAGUGAAACUGCCGCCCACGGAGACAAUAAGCCGAUGCUACCAGCCGCAGCAGAGCAACCGCAAGGUCAUCCGCAUCCUGACCGUCGCCGUCUAUGUCCUUUGCGUUUCGCUGGCGGCCAUCAUGCUAUCCCUGUACUACAUCUUCAUUUGGGACCCCACCAUCCGGCCAUUUGUCACCAAGGCCACGCAUUGCGAUAAAAUUGUGAUACCCGAAAAAAUAGCCAUUCGCCUCCUGAACUCAUCGGAAGUGACCGCGGAGCAGUUCUACAAGCACAUCCUCGAGCAGUACCGCAUCCUGAGCCACAUGCAGCAGCAACGCCAACAACUGCUGCAGCGCCAACAUCUGCAACUGCAACAGCUGGAGGCAAACAAUCGCUUCCAGGAGGUCUUUGCCACGGCCACCAUCAUUCAGGCACAUCCGCAUCCCCAUCCACAUCCCAGGGAGCCGCCCAAGAAGCCGCUUUUAGGUCCAUAUAGCCCGCUACCCGGCAACAUAAGUCAAACGAUGGGUGGGGAUCAGUUGGGCCUGGGCAACUUGGAUGCAGAUCCGGAGCAGUCUCAUAUGCCCCUAAUCCUGGACACCUCGCCGCCGGUGGAAGUGACCGGAAUGGGUCACCUGAAGCGGAAGACACAUCGGGGUCACUACAAACAUCAUAGAUCUCGAGCCGGUGGUCAAAAGAAACUGUCCAUUGCCAAUUCAAUUGCCAGUUCCACGCCGAGCACAGCCACAGCCGGAGGAGAUGCGUCGCUGGCCACUGCGGCCACAUUGCCACAUGGUUAUAUGGACGCACCACUGAAUCCGGCGGCAGGAACCAUUGUCCAGGCACCACAACUGCAGCUAUACACCUCGAUGCCCAUUCCACUGAUCCUGAGCCCCAGCGACGAGAAGCGUCCCUCACAUCACGCCCACGGACAUGUCCAUGGUGAGAGGCGGAACGGGGCGCAAUCCGGCGGGCGACGAAGGACCACGACUGCCUCCGUUUCUGGCUACGAGGCGCAGACCUACCUCAAUCCGUUCCUCACCGGCGAGCUGAUCUUCGAGAAGUAAGGGACUGGACCCAAUCAGGAUUCACCCAAUCGCGGUUCAUAGUUUUUUUUUUUUUGUAAUGCAUAUAGAGAAAUAUACACUACAGUCAAGAUCGGAAUUGGAGAUUAGCUCACAGAAAUGGUAAAUGCCCCAAAAAAGAAAUGACUAACACAUGGGCAGAAAUACCCUCCAUACCUUGUCAUACCUAUAUCAAUGGAGAAAUAACUCAGUUAAGCUCAGUACUGGCAUAAGCAGGAUAAUAUUUCAAUUAAUGUUUUCCAAAUUGAUAGAGAUAUUAGACAUUUCAUAUUGAAAUUAACACGUACAAAUAUAAUCUCAGUUAAUGCGUAGAAUGCGUUUGCAAUUGAACAAUUUGAACGAUUUAUAGUAAUAACUUAGGAACAAAAGUUUUAAUCGCUUAUUCUAAAAUGUUAACUAAAGCCAAAGCAAGUAGAUCGGUUGUAUAUUUAUUUCUGCUACAUAUAAGUCUUAACUUGUAUCAGUACUGAGCUAUAAACUGGUCCAUAUAUACGUAGCCAGGCCUGGCCACAUAUAGAGGUUAAUAAACGUUAUCUACUGCAAAAGGAUAGUUGAAACCAUAGCUAAACGAUAGUCGAUGUACCAACCACACUCCACUCCACUCCACCCAACUCAAUCAACUCAAUUCAAGAACACACUCCAAAGGGACACACACGCAUACUACGGGACCCACUUCAGUAGGAAAUCACUCGAUAUCAGCGAUCACGGAUCACGGAUCACACAGGCGGCUCACCUCACCAAGCUCAGCAGCAAACUCACCCCACCUAGGACACUGCUUCCAGGCAGCUAGCGAACGCUACACCAACUACAAUAAUUAGCCAACCCUAGUGUAACCAGUUUACGAGUAACCAGUAACUAGUAACCAAUAACCAAUUACCAGUAACCAGUAACCCAGCCAAGGAGUUUACCCCCUUGCCAACGGGGAAGCGGAUAAAUGUCACUACAAUUCAGCAUCGGAAUGAAUCACACACAAUCCAAGUCACAAUCGCCUCACGCAAAGAGGACUAUGUCAUGAUCAGAUAUCGGUAUAUGCACACUAUAUUAUGUAAUUCUAAAUAUGCCCCUAUUACGAUUUCGCUGUACUUUACAUUCAAAUUGGCUCGUACCAAUUCAUAGGUUUUACACAUUCCCAAAAAGUAUCUCAGACUAUUAAUGUAACACUUUUCAAAAAAUUCAACAAAAAUAUUAGUUUUGGAACUGUAUUAUCUGAUAAACAAAUGUAAGCCUAAUUACAACUUUAAUGACCCAUAAGAUAUUCGUACUAUAAAGUCGCCUAUAAAUAGCUGACGUAUUACCCAUAAGCGCUUUGCUUCUCAAGAUAAAACCUGGCGUGCUCAACCUAAGAACAAAUAUGUGGUUAUUCGAGUAUACAUAUAUGGGGCAUAUAACCGAUGUGUGACGUGACAUUGGCUCGUUCUAUUCACAUACUUAAACACUAAAUGCAAACCUAUCAAAAACCAACUACACUAAGCGAAAAAGCGGGAAAGCUAGUUCACGAAAGUGGGCUAGAGAAGAGGGAGAGAUAGAGAGAAAGAGAAAGUGAAAGGGAGAGAUAGUAAAACUGCAUCUGCAUCCAAAGACACGAGAAUUGAAUUCAUUAACAAUAACAUACGUAUAAACGAUAUGCAUACGAUAUAGAAUUGAAUCUGUAACUGAUGGGCAUAUACCGCAUAUAUAUCUUAUA